AUGGCUGCAGGGUCCUUCCGCUGGGUCAGGAGCGAAGUCUACCCGCUCAUCGCGGUUGUGGUGGUGGGCGGCGUGCUGAGUAUCUACAGCAUGGCCCGCCACCUGUGGACCAACCCAGAGGUCUUCCCCACCAAAGCGUACCGCCAGGAGGGCGUGCCGGAGACGCCCGAGUCGUCUGAGCGCGCCAAGGGCUAUGAGCAGGCCAUCUUCCGCGCCCUGCAGCAGGGCCGCCGCCAGCCGGAGGAUGAGCGCCCCAACACCCGCAUCUUCUGA